AUGUCUUUCCCUUUCUUCUCUUUGGGCUUUGCCCCUCGCUCUCUCACCUUCCCGACUAGCAACGUUGUCAAGGCUAUCGCCAUUGCGUCGCUCGCCGCGCUGUCGGUCAAGAUGAUCCUCAACACUGUCCUGCCCUCGCAGGCCGACGACGAUCAUGAGUGUCAUCCCGUUGAUGACAAGGUAUGUCUGCUCACUCACAAGGCCUCUGCUGACGACAUCGAUGCUGACCACCUUACCCAGGCUGGUCAAGAUGCUGAAUUGCCCAAGAACAACAUGUCUACCACUUCUCCUAGCGCUGAUGCUACCGACAUUAUCGCCGAUGAAAGCGCUUCUCAUACCACCGAGCUCGCUGUCGCCCCCGAAGAUGUCAAACCCAGCAAAGACGUCGAAAUUGCCGACGACAACAUAGCCAUGCAAGGCGCCGACAGCACGGAGAUCGUCCCUGACACUAAGGAAGCCUGCCCCACUCAGCUCGAAAACGCUCCUGAGAUUGUUAUUUCGACUCAGGCUACUCCCAUCGUCGAAACCAAGAAGCCCGCUAUCAAGUCAUCGAAUGGGGUCCGCUCGUACCGCCACUCCUUCCCCGCUGCUGACAUCGUGGAAAUUGUUGAGAUUGCCCCCGAGCAUAGGGCAGUUCGUUCUUACCGCCAUUCGUUUCCAGCUGCCGACAUUAUCGAGGUGGUUGAGGUUCCGUCCAGGCAAGCGACGGUCAUUGCCUCGCCCAUUCUGAGUAACACCAACACGGCUAUGCUUGUCAAUGAGGAAAAGAGCACAGCCUCAAGCGACGCUGCUCCUAAGGCUGAAGAAGUCAUUCUCAACCAUACUCGCAAGGAUUCUACUGCGUUAGUGACCCUACAAGAAUCCCUCCUCUACAAUGGAAAAUCGCUAACUUAUUACAGGACCAAUUUCUCCACUGAAAGCAGGAAGACUGCUAACAGCGAGUCGCCUUCAACUGGCCCUGGUACUCCCGACACCAAUUACUCAGCCCCCAAUGUUGAAGCCGCCAGCCAGAUUACCCCUGUUGGUAAUAAGAAGUUCGAACACUCUCAGAACCAUGAAGACGAUGCGACCACCCUUUCUCCGGUCGACAAUUCCCCCUCCAAGUGGUACGACUUCUCCCACUUGUCGGCCGAGGAGAUGGCCAAUCUAGACACCAUCAUUGUGAUCGAGCGCCCGGACACCAAGGUCAGCUACACCCAGUUAACAUGCGGCUUCUGGUACCGCUUGGAUGAAGACGAAAACCCUGUGAUGAUGAGUCAAUCAGAAUAUGAGGACCUGCUGGCUUGGUUCGCUAGCUUUACGGAAGAGAAAGAAAAGUCCAAGGCUCCCCCUCCCAUUGUCCUCGUUACCGACGAAGAGGGCAACGAGUUCCUCGCGGAGGAGAUUGACGAGACCAGCUCCGAAUCGCAAGUUUUGGAUCUUCAAGAUCGUCCUGAGCUCGGAGUUAAAUACGUCCUUCUCACAAACGGCUACUGGCACUACCUCAACGAGGACACCACAACUGCCAAGCCAAUGACUGAAGGCGAAUACGACGAAUUCGUCUUCUGGCUCCACGACAACGAGAGACUCGAGCAGGAGGAGUCUACCAGCCAGGAUGUCAAGGGCAUCGAGCUACUUACCUACGCCGACGAACCCAUCAACGACAAUUAUCCUGACAACUCCCAAGAACUAUCCGAGCUCGAACAGUGGGAGGAAGCCAAGUACAUUGGCCCCAACUUGAACAUCGUCGGACUCAUCGACCACCCCGAUGGCAACAAACAAUUCGCCAUCGGCAACGACGAUGCCGUUUAUUGGCUGAUUGAUGGCAUGUUUUGUCCUCUGGACGAUGACGAGCUCGACCGCUUCCACCGAUGGAGGGACGGGGACAACAAUGCUCUGCAUGAGCCUAUCGAGCAGUUGGAGAGACCCAAGGGAAGGAUGAGCAAGUGGAAGGCUCCAAAUCUGGACGCCAUCUGUGAGGAGGACGAAGAAGACUUGGCCGAAGAGGCGGCGGAGGAGUACGAGGUGAAGAAAUGGGACAAGUGGGGCUUGUACACCAUUGAGGAGGUUGAGGAACAGGAGGAGGAGUAUUCACUAUGGUGA